CGACAUCGGCCGCAAAUCAGCUGUUCCGGCCACAAUCCGACUGUUCUUCAGAGACCCACUCAGAUAUUCACUCACGCGAGCUGAGGUGCCCUUUUGCGUGAAAAUUUCAUGUGCUCAUCACUAUUUCAUCGAUGAGCCACCUGCAGCAGAAGGUAUAAAUGCCAAAUCGCAUUUGAACGUUUUGUCUUAUAUUACUUCCGCUACGGUUGAGUUCAGUCUUGUACCUGAAGAAGAACGGUGAAAAUGCUGCCCAGACUUAAAUGGCUGGUGCUGGUUUUGGUGGUGUGCAAAUUAGGUCCCAGUCGAGGGGAUGACUUUCCUUCUUUGAUAUCUGCCAAUGCUUCGAUUGCGGUCAUUUUGGAUCGAGAAUAUCUGGAUGCCCAAUACGACGAUAUUUUGGAAGGAACCAAACGAUUGUUCGAACGGAUUUUGCGUGAUAACUUUAGGAAUGGUGGAUUGAUAGUAAAGUAUUUUUCCUGGACCAGCAUUAAUUUGAGAAGAGAUUUUACAGCAGUGCUAUCAAUUUCAAAUUGUGAGAAUACCUGGGAUGUGUAUAGGAAUGCAGCCAAAGAAAAUUUGGUCAUAAUGAGUAUUACGGACUCGGAUUGUCUUCGCCUACCACUGAAUAACGCAAUUAUGAUUCCAAAAACGAUUCCUACUGCCGGAACAUUUGAAGAACUACCGCAGGUUAUUAUGGAUAUGAAAGCCAUGAAAGCAAUUGAUUGGACUUCGGCAGUAUUGCUUUAUGAUGAAAGUUUUGAUCGGGACAUUAUCGCCAGAAGUAUCGUCGCCCUCUCCAAGGAAUCCGAAGACGUCAGACCAUUGUCGUUGUCACUGUUCCGAAUUGAAUCACAUACACACAUGUGGGAAAAGCGGAAAGCUAUUCGAAAGGUGCUAGUAAAUCUUCCAACGAGAUACAUAGGAAGAAACUUCAUUGCAAUCAUUACUACGCAAACCAUGGAAUUGGUCAUGGAAAUUGCCAAAGAGCUCCGAAUGGUAACCCCACUGGCACAGUGGCUUUAUGUAGUAUCGGACACUUCGGCCGAUAGGAAUAACAUUUCCGCCGUCCAUCCAAUCAUCAGCGAAGGCGACAAUAUCGCAUUUGUAUACAAUCUCCGGCGAAACGCCCAAUCUUGCGAAUCGCACAUGCUGUGCUACGUAGAAAAUCUGAUUACAUCGUUGGUCCAUGGACUGUCCAAGUUGAUUCGCGAAGAGAAAGCUGUCUACGGACAGAUCGCCGACGAAGAAUGGGAAGUCAUCCGAAUGACGAAGGCUGAACGGAAAGAUGAGAUACUUAAAAUCAUGAGAAGUGACCUGAUUGGAAAGGACAGCUGUAACGAGUGCUCAAUGUGGAAAGUGGAAGCCGGUGAAACCUGGGGCUACACUUAUCAAUCGGCGGCGGAUGAGCUCCUCACUGGAGUAAUGAGCACCCACAGGAAACAGAUCUCAUUGCUGGACGUGGGAUAUUGGACGCCUCAGGAUGGAUUCAUCAUGCGAGAUAAUAUGUUUCCUCACGUGGCGGAUGGUUUUAGAGGCGUUCAUCUGAAUUUCUACAGCUACCAUAAUCCACCGUGGCAGUUUGUGACAUACAACGAGAGUGGGCAUCUUUCGCUAUCACGUGGUGUUGUUAUGGACAUUCUUACGGAGCUGUCAAGGAAGCUGAAUUUCACGUUCAACAUAUUGAUCUCCCAGACAAACUUGGAGUACAUUGGCAAUAUGACCGAUGAUGCAAAUAAUACGAUCAAUAGAGAUGCUCACAGUAUAACAACGGACAUUCCAAAUGAAAUAUUGCGCUCACUGAUGGACAAUAAGAUUCUUUUGGCAGCGGUCGGAGCUACAGUAAGUCCAAAGCAGAAGAAAUACGUCAACUUUACGACGCCUAUCAGCAUUCAAACGUACAGUUUUAUCGUGUCUAGACCAAAAGAAUUAAGCCGAGUCUUUUUGUUCCUGUCGCCGUUUACGAUUGAUACGUGGUUAUGUCUGUCAGCAACCGUGCUUCUCAUGGGACCGUUUCUGUACGUCGUUAACCGCUUGAGCCCAUUCUAUGAGCACCACGGAAGAUCCAAUACGAUUGGCUUGGGAAAGUUGUACAACUGCUUUUGGUAUAUCUACGGUGCUCUACUGCAACAAGGUGGUUUGUAUCUACCUUAUGCUGAUAGUGGGCGUAUCAUUAUCGGAACCUGGUGGUUGGUCGUGCUCGUUAUUGUCACCACAUACUGCGGCAAUUUGGUCGCGUUUCUAACCUUCCCCAAGAUUGCCAUCCCGAUAACUACUGUCAAUCAACUGAUCCGUAACGAGCAGGGAGUUUCGUGGAGCAUCCGUCGGGGAACGUUCCUAGAACAGUUCCUGCUGGAAACAGACGAUCCCAAAUACAUCAAGCUACACAACCAUGCCGGCUAUGUUUCGGAGGAAUCGGAACAAAUGGUGGAGAGAAUUAGGACUGGUCGUCAUGUGCACAUCGAUUGGAGAACCAACCUGAAGUAUCUGAUGAAGAAGGAAUUUUUGAAGAAUGACCGAUGUGACUUUGCGUUGAGUGUGGACGAGUUCUUGGACGAGCAGAUUGCGUUGGCCAUGCCGAAGAAUAGUCCCUAUCUGGAGUUGAUCAAUGCGGAGCUCACAAAGAUGCACCAGUUCGGGUUCAUUCAGCGAUGGUUGGGGAGCUAUAUGCCGAGUGAGGAUAAGUGCUCGAAUGCCAGGAAGAGUACCGAGGUGGAGAAUCAUACGGUGAACAACGACGAUAUGGCCGGGUCUUAUUACGUGCUGGUGAUUGGAUUUUCUAUGGGGCUUUUCAUGUUCGUGUUGGAAUACGGUUGGCGUUGGUAUAAGAGAUCUAAAGAAGAGACAUUACAACCUUUCACUGAAUGAAGAGCUAAGGACGGUGCUGAAGGAAGAGUUGCAACUGUGUGCAGUAAGAAGUUGGGAAAGUAUUUGAAAUUGAUUGUAGUUUUAAUAGUGGUAGUGCUUUUCUGCAAAACGUUUGUGGUUUCGAUGUUGUAGGAGGUUCUAGAAAAAUUGCAC